AUGUCUUUGGCUGUAAUCUCGAGACUCAACUAUCUCUUCAAGGAACAAGUUUUCAGACAUGAGGAAUCUAUCAAUGAGAUUCGAUCCCCCAAGAGUUUGUAAGAUUACGCCCAGAGAAACAAACAGGUCCAAAUAUUUACAGAAGCUUGAAGUAUCCAGAAAUGAUCCGUCGAAAUGUAUACGUACAAUUGGUAACGGCGAUCAAAGAAAAUACAGUGGAGUUAUAA